AUGUUGCUUAUGUCUGCAAAUGAGGCCUCCCUUUUAACCUUCUGGCACCUGUCCACCACUGCCCAUGAGACCACUGUGUCAGUGCCACCCAUAGUGUCUGAAGGAGAUGACGUCCUGUUCCUUGUCCACAAUCUGCCAGGGGACAUUGAAUCCUUAGCCUGGUUCAAAGGGCUAGGAGAAGAGGCAGAAGAAAUUGCAUCAUACACACUGCACAGUGAUUUAAGUAGGCCAGGUCCUGCGCACAGCAGUAGAGAGACAAUAUAUCACAAUGGAUCCAUGCUGUUUGAGAAGGUCACCCUGAAGGACUCAGGAUUCUAUACGCUACAAACCUAUAACAGGCGUGGAAAAAUUGUAUCAACAACAUCCGUGAUCCUCAAAGUGAAAGAGCACGUGACAGCCUUUCUCUGGUUCAAAGGAGAGAAUGACUUAAAGCAGAACCUUCUGGCUUUCCACCAUUUUCCAUUCGAAAAACCAGUUUUUUGGGGGCCUGCAUACAGUGGCAGGGAAAUGCUCAACAGUGAUGGGUCCCUGCUGCUUCACAGUGUCAGUCAGAAAGACCGUGGAUUGUACAUACUGCGAAUUCUGAGAACAGAUGGUAAAUAUGAAGAAGCAAAAGUGCAACUUCAGGUGGACAGUUCCCUUUCUGCAUUCUGCAAUGCUCUCACUCCUUCCCAACUCAUGAUCCAACCGGUGCCUCGGUAUGCAGCUGAAGGUGAAGAUGUACUUCUCCAAGUUCAUAAUCUUCCAGAAGAAGCACAAGUAUUUUCCUGGCUCAAAUCAAAUGAUGGGAGCCCAGCCCGUAAACUUGUAGUAAACAACAGAACCAAGCCUACUAUCUCCUGGGAGCCUUCACAGAGAAUAAGAGGGAAGGUGUACAAAACUGGAUCCCUGCUGCUCCAGGAUAUCAUUGAGAGUGAUGCAGGGAUGUACACACUGGAAGUUUUAAACAAAGAUUCCAAAAUUGAAAGAGCAAAUGUGGAGUUUUAUUUAAAGAAGCCUGUGACACAGCCCUUUGUGCAAAUCACUGACACCACAGUCGCAGGAGGUGCAUCUGUGACCUUCACCUGCAUUUCACCUGACACUGAUGUCUCCAUCCGUUGGAUCUUCAAUAACAGUACUCUAUACCUCACAGAGAGGAUGACUCUGUCCCCAACAAAGUGUGGACUCAGAAUAAGUCCUGUCCAGAGAACGGAUACUGGAAAAUAUCAGUGUGAGGUCUCCAACCACUUCAGUUCGAAGACCAGUCUCCCAGUUUCCUGGCCGUGA